AUGGUAGGUACCCCGUCCCCUUCUCUAGCCCUUCCCUGCAGGGCGAGAAAGAGGCUAGAAGGCUGCCUCUGGCUCGCGGGGGAUUUUGGACGCCAUUACGUCUACCUAUCUGGUGUCGAUGACCGAGCCCUCAAGCUGUGGUCGUUCAAGGUGAUCGCAGGCGCGGGCGACAAGCCGAUGAUCCAAGUCGAGUACAAGGGUGAGACCAAGCAGUUUGCCGCGGAAGAGAUUUCGUCCAUGGUGCUGACGAAAAUAAAGGAGAUUGGGACUACCGUGAAGAAUGCGGUGGUGACGGUUCCAGCCUAUUUCAAUGAUUUGCAGCGCCAAGCAACGAAAGAUGCGGGAGCGAUCGCGGGGCUAAAUGUGAUGCGGAUCAUCAACGAGCCGACUGCAGCUGCUAUCGCGUGCGGGCUCGGUAAGAAGAAUAGCAGCUCAUCCGAGAAGAAUGUGCAUAUCUUUGAUCUUGGUGGUGGCACUUUCGACGUCUCGCUUCUUUCGAUUGAGGACAGUAUCUUCGAGGUGAAGGCGACGGCUGGCGACACGCAUCUGGGUGGUGAAGACUUCGACAAUCGCAUGGUAAACCAUUUUGUCCAGGAGUUCAAGCGAAACUAUAAGGACUUGAGUAACAAUCCGCGGUCUCUUCGCCGACUUCGCACGACCUGCGAGCGCGCCAAGCGAACUCUCUCCUCCACCGCGCAAACGACCAUCGAGAUCGACUCGCUCUACGAGGGAAUCGAUUUCUACAGCACCAUCACUCGCGCGCGCUUCGAGGAGCUCAACAUGGACAUGUUCCGCAAGUGCAUGGAUCCCGUGGAGAAGUGCCUCAAGAACGCGAAGAUGUCCAAGGCGCAGAUCCACGACGCGGUGCUCGUGGGCGGGUCUGCACGAAUUCCCAAGGAGCGCUGCAAGAGCAUCAAUCCCGACGAGGCUGUCGCGUAUGGCGCCGCGGUUCAGGCGGCGAUUCUGAGCGGCGAGGGGAACGAGAAGGUGCAUGACCUGCUGCAGCUCGACGUGACGCCGCUGUUGCUUGGAUUGGAGACGGUUGGAGGUGUAAUGACGGUGCUCAUUCCGAGGAACUCCAUGAUUCCGACAAAGAAGGAGCAGGUGUUCUCGACAUUCUUGGAUAACCAGCAGGGUGUGCUAAUUCAGGUGUACGAAGGUGAGCGCGCUUGGACCAAGGAUAACAAUCUGCUUGGCAAGUUCGACCUGUCAUGA